AUGUUAACUUCAAAUCUCUUAAGAACCCUUACUAUCGUGGGAUCUAUAGGUUUUCUUAAGCUACAUAUUAUUACGUCCCUACUGCGAGAACAUUCUAAAUACAAGAUCGUUUACUUUAACCGCAGCGAAUGCGGUAAGCGGCGCACAAUUUCGGCGUUACAAAAGAUUAUAGGCGAUAUAUCCUCCGCUUGGGAACGUUUAAAGUUCUUAGUUACUAGUAUCACGAGCCACGCUAGGGAACCGGGCCUUAAUCCGAUCGCAGAGUUAAUACCACAGGUUAGUAAACUAGUCUUUAAUGCCUAG